AUGUCCGCCAAGCCAUUUCAUCUCGCCAUUGUUGGUGGAGGCAUCACCGGUCUUGUCCUGGCGAUUGCACUCCACAAGCGCGGCAUCCACGUCACGAUCUACGAGCAGGCAGCCGCAUUUGGCGAGAUCGGGGCGGGUGUGGGCUUGCACUCCAAUGCCGUGCGGGCCAUGAAGAUCUGCGACGAGGCGAUAUCAGCCGGGUUUCAGCGGGUGGUGACAGGCAACACCUGGCCGUCAAAGAAAGACCAGUGGUUCGAGGUGCUCGACGGCAUGUCCGAGGCACCGGCAUCGGCAUCCGAGCUGCUCAGGCCUCUUUUCACAAUCAUCGGCCCAGACGGAGGACAUGGAGCGUGCCACAGGGCACGGUUUCUCGAGGAGAUGGUGCCUCUGCUGCCAGAAGGGUCGGCGCGGUUUGGGAAGCGGCUAUUGUGGAUUGACGACCCGAGCGAUACCAGCAAACCCGUGACGCUGUUCUUUGAGGACGGCACGUCGGCGCAGGCGGAUGCUGUACUCGGCUGCGACGGCAUCAAGUCGCGAGUGCGUGCGCACCUUGUUGACAAGAACGACCCGGAAGCGGCGCUGCCAACCUACAGCCACAAAUUUGUGUACCGCGGGCUGAUCCCCAUAGCUGAUGCCGUGGCUGCACUGGGUGAAGAACGGGCGGCCAACUCCAUGCUCUGGUUUGGGGCCGAGCGCCACACACUCACAUUUCCUGUUAACCACGGCGAGACACUCAACCUGGUGGCAUUUGUUACCACAAACGACCCAUGGCCUGCCAAGGGUGCGCAUCACCUGACGCUACCGGCGACGCGCGAAGAUGCCCUGCGCGACUUUGCCGGCUUUGGACCCAACGUGCUGAAGCUGUUGCACUUGACAGCGCCGAAGCUUGAGCGAUGGGGCCUCUUCGACUUGGCGGAGCGCCCGCUACCCCAGUUCUACCGUGGCCGUGUAUGCCUGGUGGGUGACGCCGCGCACGCCAGCACACCACAUCAUGGAGCCGGUGCGGCCAUGUGCAUUGAGGAUGCGGCCGUGCUGGCCGAGCUGCUGGGCGAUGCGAGCGUCAGGGACACAACGGGUUUGCAGGCAGCAUUCGCGGCAUUCGAUGCCAAUCGCCGUGGCCGCUGCCAGUGGCUGGUGACCAGCAGUCGUCGUCAGGCCGACUUGUACGAGUUGCGGGCCCUGGGACGUGAUUACGAAGCGAUUGCGGCCGAGAUCCGCACUCGGCAGGCGUAUAUCUGGAACAUCGACUUGGACGCGGCUAUUGUGAAAUCACGAAAAGACCUAGCACAGCGAUUGGCACUGGGCUUGCCGGCAGCUGCGGCGCCUGAUCCGACGGUGCCGUUCCCGCCAGAUAUUAACUUUCACCUGAAAGACGUGGAGGCGUGA